UAUACGCUACUCAGAGAAAUGUCAAAAAAAUUGUUUAUGUUCUGCUGAAAAGUCGAUUUUCGAGGGAAAAAUUGCAUUUUUACCGUGAAAUAUGGAAAAUGCAUCUACGCAAUUGCAUUCAGGAUACAGUUUUGGAUCUCAGAUGAUAGAAGACAAUAGAGAUGUAGUAGAAAUUGGAGGUGAAAUUGCAUCAACUGGCGAAGAAAGGGUCCAAACGGUGGAUUUCAAUCAAACGACAAUAUCAAAACUUUUAGAUGCGGCUGACAAACUUGCAAAGAUCCAGCAGACUCAGAAGCGAAUUGCUGAUAUUCUGGAUUUGGUGCAGGAUGAAGAGGAAGACAAUCUCGAAGGGACCGUGACGUUUCCAUUGAAGACCCUCAGGGAAUUCCAGAACCUCGAGAGGAUGUCCAACAAUGACGCCUACAGGAAAAAUUUGACAAAAUCUCUGCGAAUGUUGCUGAACAAUGGAAGCAUUCAGGAUCCAAUUAAGAACCUUCUGGAUGAUUCUAUUGUGAUGUACUUCUCCUGGGACGAUCCCAAGACACCCACAGUUGUUUCCCUGAAGCAAACAAUCUGCUUUGGGCACGUCAUUUACAAUGCUCUCGGACUGGGCUUCCCGGACUACGCUAACUUUGUCCAGUCAUGCCUCUCAGUGGCCCAGCAGAGAUUUCAGAGCAACAAUAUGAAUGAAGUUCAUAUGACCCGAACGGAGCCCCAGCUUCAUCAGUUUAGCUUCAUUUCUGACAUUGCCCAGAAGAUUUCCGACAUUGAGAUCUUCCAGAGAAAAAUUGAGUCAUACACGGGCUUCAAGAAGCACGAAAUUGAUCCAAUGGUUUACCUUCCCAUCGCCUCUGUGGAGAGUUUGGACAGCCUGGAAAAGGUUUUGCAGUACAAAGCGAUUCAAGACGUUGUGAUUCCAUUUUGUAAGGAACGAUUUGAGAUAGACAAAUCGUUUCAGGGCAUUGUUUCUGAUUCUUUUUUGGCUCAAUAUUCCAUUAAUGGAGAAAAGAAGAGAUACGAUCUAUUUAAAUAUAAAUUCUUCAAUCAUUCUCUCUACGUUGCAUUGGGAAUGCCUCGUUUGGAUUACGAAAUUGAGGUUACACAUCAGAUAGAUUCAGCGAGUGAGAGAUUGUUUGGCAAAGUUGCUGAAGCUGUCAGAGAAAAUCCUCCAAAUAUGGAUGAUGAAACUUUCGAGAGAGCAAAUAAAAUUGUGAAACAUCGAAAGAUAGUUCUGAUGAGGAAGGAGGAUUUGACUGAACAGGGAAUUCCGAGGAAAUUCAGGGAGAUUCUGAGGAAUUAUGCUUGUCAUAAGAGUAGUAGAGCAACAGUCUUUAAAGAUUCAAGCAAUUACAUAUCAUUCUCCAAAGUUGAUGAAAAGGAAUCUACAAAUGUAAUGGAUGAUGUAGAGGAGAAGGUUUCGAGGUAUUUUCCUCUGAAAUCCAAAAAAGCUCUUCGAUUGCUUCACAUCAAAUUAACUGAUGAUCAUUUUCAGUUUACAUUGCAACAAACCCUCGAUGCAUUCUACCACAAUCGCAAGUUUUCUAUCAAAGAUAUUGUGUCGGAUGAAUUUCUGAGCAAUGUCAAUGAAGUUGACUUGUUCAGUACCUUUCUAAUGAAGGAAUUCCUUCCGGUGAUUCUGACUCUUCCGCCAAAAUCUUUCACUCAAAUGGCCAAAAUGGAAUUUAGAGCUCUCAAAAGUGCCUUCGAACUGAAGAAAAUCACUCAAAAUGAGGUGAUUCAGUUGAAAAUUGAACUAGGACAAACUGUUAAUAUUGCAAAAAAUACAAAUGGGACAAUCAAAAAGUACUUACCUAUUGCAACAAUAGCAGAAUUUGAUGAUGUGGAAAGAAAUCUCGAAUAUUCAGAUUUCUAUAAUGAAAUGUCAAAUCUCUGCAAAACGCUUCUGAUGAAGCAGAAAAAAUUCAAACUAACUGAUUAUGUUGCUGAGGAACUUUUGAUCAAGUACAGUGCAAGAGGAAGUGCAAAUACUUUGCCUUUGAUGGAGACAAAACUCUUUGGUGACAUUCUCAGGAAAUUCUCAAAGCGCAGUGAAACUGAUUUUACGUCACUCCUACAGAAACAUCACAGUAUCGUUGUCAGUAAGCUCAAGAAUAGCCAUUUGUCAUUCAGUGAAUCCUCCCAGGGCUCUCAGGAAGUGUCUUCAUUGGAGAAGAAUCCUGACGAGAGAAGGAAGAAGCGUCGAAGGCAAUUUAUUGAAGUGAUCCUUCCGCUGGAAAAUCAAGAGCAAUUGGCUUUGGUGAAUGAGAAUCUCCAAGAAGUUGGUUUUAAAACAGAGAUUGAAAAGGUUUUUCGAAGCCUUCUUCAGUCUACUGAGCAAAAGACACCCCAAGAAAUUCCUCUAGAAGACAUUCUAGAAGACGAUCUCAUUUCUAAGCUCACGUGGAAUGAUAAUGAAGUGACUUCACUGAAGAACUAUUCCCUCUUCGUUGAUGUACUUUACAACUUGAUGAAGGUCGAUUGGGAGGAAUUUGACAAAAUGAUCCAGAGAGCUUUUGCAAGAUCGAUUACACGGUGUAAAGUCCUCGAAGGAAGAUAUGAUUUUGCAAUUAUUCCACCGCAAAAGAAACAACGAAAAAUUGAGAGUUCAUCAAAAACGACCUCAGUGCCGCCGGUCAAAGAAGAAACUCCUCUGCCAUCGACAUCGCUAGAAGAGUCAAUGGAGCCAGAAGAUCUAGAACCCGGAGAGAUUCCAAGGCCUAUUCCGUCGGAAGAUGAAGAUUCGCAAGAUAUCGUUUAUGAAACUGACGAAGAAAGCUCAAGUGUGAAAGGAUUCGAACAAAUACUGCCGAUCAAGUCAAAAGAGGAAUUCAUUCAGAUGGAGAAUCUCUUGACGAACAAACACUUUGCAACGUACUUUGGUCUUCUCUGUGGAAAUUGCGAAGACAAAAGUACUCUGUUGAGUAGCAUUAUCACGGAUAAUGCAAUGAGAUGUUUCACAUGGGAAGGAUCUGAUGAAUUGCUUAAUUUUAGCAAUACAAUGCUCUGCAGCAUUGUUUUGAACAAAGCCUUUGGGGCAAAAGUUGAACUUCUCAAGGAGAUUAUUGAUUCAGUGGGAACGAAAGCUCUCGCUCAGGAUGUCAAAACUUUGUUUCCCAUUUCCAGCAAGGAAGAUCUUAAGACUGUUGAGUCCUACGUUCCUCAUAUUAAACUCAAAAUGAUCAAUCAUUUCACAGAGUUGAAACAGCAAAUUGGAAAUGAAGUUUUUGGUCAGAUGUUUUCCAGUGAAUUGAUCAACAAUCCAAAUUUGUUUGAGCUGGAGAAUUUGCCUAAAAGUCAGUUUUACAAGGAGGUUAUUCAAGUUGUGUGGAAGGAUCUUAGGAAGUGUCAGGUUAUCAAUGCCAUUAGAGAUAGUCUUGAGACUCCUGAUGGUUUCUUCAAGCGAAUUCUGCCAGUGAAUGAAAUGAAUUUAGGUUGGUUUGAGCAGAGGUUGAAAAGGAAGGAAUUUGUAGAUUGUUUGAUAAAGAUUUGCCAGUGUUUCGUUGAAACACAUUCUGAUGGAUAUUUCCACAAGUUGAUCGACAGUGAUCUUAUACAGCAGUACAGCUUCAACGGAGACGAUGGAUUGAGGUCCAUUGAGAAGUCAUCGCUGUUCAAUAAUGUUCUGAGGGAGGUUUACAAGAAGUCUGAGAAGGAACUCUACACAAAGGUACAAAUGGAAUUGUACCUGGCUCAGGCUUUAGCUGACUACAAAAGUGACAAAUUGCAGAGUUGAGUGGAUAUUUGUAGGAUGUGAAAGGGUUAAAGAGGAAGUAAAGAAAAGAAAAAUAUGAAGGGAAAAAA